GGCCCUUGCGGUUGGUGACAGGAACUCGUCUCGUGUGAUAAACGUUGAAAGUCCAACAGCUUCCACAGUUCGGGAACUUUCAACGGUUCUGGAUCAGAAGUGAGACAUGUUUGCAGAUCCAGGCAAAAUCAAGGGUGUCGGGGGAAGUCCCCUCCCCGAGACCAUCAACCCCAAUAACUUCCCAGCCAAGCUCUGGCGUCUGGUGAACAACCCGGCAAAUAUUUCCAUCCGCUGGAACGAACAGGGCCAAGUCAUCGUCAUUGAUCGGCGUCUCUUCGAGGCGCAGAUCCUGUCCCCCAGCAACAGCGCCUCGGACAACGCCGAUGCCUUCAAGACGACCAACUUCUCGAGCUUUGUCCGCCAGCUCAACCUCUACGGCUUCAAGAAGGCCGUCAUGAACGGAAAACACGACUGCAGCCAGUGGGACUGCGUGCGGUAUCUCUAUUUCUACAACCCAAACUUCCUGCGGAACCACCCCGAGCUUGUCGCGAGUCUGAGGAGGCUGACUGUCCAGAACAAGGCCUUGAUGCAAGCUGGUCUGGGCGUGAAAAACCGGGUCCCAAGUCGAUUCUGCCGUUACAGUCGAGGCUACGAUGACAAGAAUACAGAUGUUACAAGAGGCAACUAUUCCCCGAUGAGCUCCCCUCAUCCGUACCAUAGACAAAAAGCUCAGGCCAUGGCGGCUCACAAUGGAACGCCGGUCCCACCGAGAUUCCUGCCGAGGGGUCACGGUGCAGCUCUGUCACCCAAUGCCUUCGUAACAGACAAAGGGAUACCUGUGUCGUUCAGCCAGCACUACUCCACCGGAGCGGCCUCCAACUCCAACCCCAUGCAUAUUCAGCAGGGUUUAUUGGCCUGCUCAAGCCGUGGAAAUCCAACUUACGCUUUUAAUGUGCAAUAUCCGCCUGGCUACUAUUCCCCACUCUGGCAGUGCUACCAUCAGAACCUUGUGGCGUCCCAAAUGGCAGGUAGGGGGCUUUCGGCAAGGUCGUUCUCAAGCCCAACUUAUUACCAGGGAAGCUAUCCUGUGAGUAUGUUGCAUCAUGUCGACCACAACCAGUACUCAAAGACCGAGGAGCACCAGGAGGUUAAAAAAAGUGACAUUCACUUGGACACCAUUUUCCAGAUUGCAGAUGAGGUGAUGCAAACUUCGACCAAUAGCCGCCUGGUUAGAGUUGCAACCCCGCAGAAGCCAGGCCCCGUGUUUGUGCCGUUCUCCGCUAACACCACUUCUUGGGACAAUCCCGCCGUGAAAUCUAACCAUUUGUCCCCUGGACCCAGUGUGAUAUCUGUGACCGGCAGGGCCGAUCUAUUCUCAUUUCAACCGAAGGAGGAAUCGGGGAUUUCACUCGCUGAGCAAUUGCCAGAAGAUGCCAUAUGCGAGGUAAGCCGAGACAUGGUAGAUUUCCUCAAGGAAUUUUGCUUUUCUUUUCUAAAGACAAGAUACUUUGCUGGGAAACAGCUGGAUGGUGUCCGUCUGGCAGUUUGCAAAUAGAAAAAGUCAUCCCUGAUGUGUAUUUUUUUAACAAUUGAUAGAGUAUUCAUAUUUAUUAGAGGAUGUGUAACAGCAGAGCAGAAGACCUGUACAUGAGUUGCUGAUGUUUCCUCUGUGCUCUGGACAGGUUAUCGUUGAUGAUACUGAGAGGUUGUAGGUGUCGAGUUAACGACUGAGGGACAGCAGUCAGGCCGAAAGCAGCACGUGCACAGGGAGCGCAAACAAUCUUUACACACGUUAUUGAACAUUUAGGGAGCACGUCCAGGAUGAAAGUAGUGGAAGAAAGGUUUCCUGACAGUUCGUAGUAUUUAUUGUUUUGUCGUGCAGGCGUCUUAAUUCACUGCAGGAUGUGAUCUUAAACUAUCACUAUUACCCGACUUUAAUCUCCAUUUUUAAUGAUUCGUUGUUUUGCACAGGUCUGUUGAUGUGUUCAGAUUUAAAUCUUUAAAACAUUUUUUUAAAGAAUUGUGUAAAUAGUUCUGUGUUGUACAUUUCUGUGUUUCUUUAUUGUGAGUGACUUUGGAACAUUAAAACAUUUAAAUUACAGUACUGGUAACACGGUAAAUAUUUUACAAAUAAAUUAUAUGGGCACAGUUAUACCUCGACAUUUCUGCCACAGUAAUAUAUAAGAUGUAAAGCUUUUAAAGAAUUUUUGUUUGAAGUAUAAUUUAUUCAGAUUUGUUGCAGUCGGGCUAACAGCCUCUCAUUUUAAUUAACAGGUGUUUGACUUACUGUCUGCUUUUAAUAACUUAAUCGGUUUGUUGUAACAAACUGAUGUAAUGGGGGAGAAAAUGUUGAAUGAAUUGCAUUAAAUUAUAAUUAUUAGAUCUACUCCUGAUACUUUGCUUUGUGAUGGUGACCUAGUGGUGGUUGCAUUUCCCAACCUUUUAUUUCCCGCUGCAUCACUCAUACGGUUGUACUUUGAAAACGUGUAA